AAAUAGUUAUCACUUCUGAUGUCAGAGACUCAGCGGCUAUAUGCCAUGCCGCUCGAGGACGCUGGCUCAUUGUCAGGUGACCGAUAUUCAUAAUGAGUCACUGACGUCAGCAAUGUUGUGAUAACCGCCAAUCUCAACUGAGACGAAGUUCGUGUUGAUGUCACUGCUGGAACGGUAGUAGAAUAGCUCCUAUCACGGUCAUAGCAGCCCAUAUCAUUUUCCUUUCCUUCAAAACUUUGUGAUAGAUUUCCCCCCUUAUCUGUACUAUCAGGAAACAAUUAUCUCCCACUGGUUUUGCACCGUAAUUUUUACUGUUUUAUUUAUCAUUUGGAUUUAUCUGGCGACAGAUAAGUAAGGAAAUGGCCGUCUGUCAUCUGGAGUCGUAAGAACGAGUAUAAUAAACUAUGGGCAACGAGGAAUCAGCCCCAUCAGACAAUUUCACUAAAUCUGGUUCGUCUGGGAUGAAGAGGCAGUCUACUCCUAAUUCGGUUCCACAGCGUAAUUGUAAGGAAGCCUCUGUGCGUAGUAAGUGCGCCCCAAUCACAUCCCGUGUUGCAGCUGAUAAUCCUGAAGCUCCACCAGCGUAUGACGAUCUGUUUGGGCCGCCUGGAGGCGCAUCCUCCUCGGCCGGACCACCGCGGACGUCCGUACAGAGUCCCGUCCAUGCCAAUCCCCCUGCCACACAGUAUUUCCCCGCGUCCGUGGUCGGUCAUGGCAGCCACACCAAUGGACUACUGCACAGCGGAAACUAUAAUCAGAAUGCGUUGCUCUCCACGACCACCUCGACACAGUCGAAUGCUGGUCGACUUAGUCCCAGUUUCUUCGCCAAUUCACGCCUGCCACAGUGGCAACAGGAGGAGGAGGAAAGGGAGCUGCGAAUGUGGUUCGAAAAUGUGGAUGAAAAUAAUGACGGGCAUAUAACCGCCGAGGAAUUACGCAUGGCGUUGCUGAACGAUAACUGGACGCCGUUCAAUAUGGACACAAUCAAAAUGAUGCUGAAAAUGUUCGACAAAAAUUCCAACGAUCGGAUAGAGUUCGAGGAAUUUGCCGGACUAAAGCGUUAUGUCCAGGAAUGGAAAAAGGUUUUUGAUCAGUACGAUGACGACCAUUCCGGCACCAUCGACGUCAACGAGAUACAGCAGGCAUUUCAAGGCAUGGGAUACACAUUUUCUCAUCCGUUUUGCGCCACACUGUGCCGUCGGUUUAGCAGUAAUCGGUCCAUCCAGUCGAUCAAUCUGGACGCUUUCAUUUAUGCAUGUGCGAUGGUAAAUGCCUUGUCCAAGGACCACGAGAGAAAUCGACGCGGCAUCUCCUUCGAAGAUUUCCUUAGGCAGUGGAUCGCGUCUUCAUGACCAUGUAUUAUACGUAAAAUUGCCUGCACCGUUUUGUGCCGUAUUCCCAGCCAUUUGUCCGCUCAAGCCUUAGACGUCGAUCAUUUGUGGGAGUUUUAUUUUCAGUUUGCUUUCGAUUUCGGUUGUUUCUGUACAAAGCUGAUUAUUGUGUUUACUGGUCAAUCCCAAAUCGUAGAUUUUGGAAGGUUUUUAGACUUUGCUGGUAUUUAUUUGUACUUGUCAGCUGUAAACGUUGGUUUAUGGGAUUUAAUUGCUUACUUAAUGCACUGUAUUACCGGAAGGUAUGAAUGUAUGAUUACUGAGAUUUUGGAUCUGGUGCAGUCGCAGAAUAAUUGGUAAUACAGUACGUAUAUAAAUAUUCGAAUCUACAAAA